UUCUAAGCUUGGUACUUACCUACUUUGAAUUUAUCACAAAAAAAAAACGAAUGAAGUACCCAUCAACAAUAUACUUAUUUUCUAAUGAAGGCUUUGGAUACAUAUAUAAGUACAGAAAUAUUGGAAUUCACCUUACGUUUUUGCGGAAAAACAUAAUUACCCCUCUGACGUGAGUUUUGGUGAGUUUAAACUUGACCCCCUCAUCCACUUAAGCGCGGAGACGCUCAUUUUCAUAAUAAUGGAUUUAUUAGUACCUACUACAUAGCAAGGUAAGCUGCUUACAUAAACAGGUGCAUUGGAACUAUUUUUCUUCACUUAUAUUCUGAUAGAAGUGUGAAGUAGUUCUUUACCGACAAUAAAAAUUUAAAAAAAUAGGAUUAGUAAGAAUAGUAAAAGAGAGUGGCCACGCAGCAAUGUUUUGGCUCCUUGUGUUGGUGGCAGUGAUCGUGGUUGUUCUUUACAGACGACGAAGGCCAGAACUUGGUCUGAUCCAUUCAGAACUUCCAAUCGGCGAAAAGUGCUAUCCGGUUAUCGGGCAUGCAUAUCUAAUGAAAAAUUCCGAUACAGAUGGUGCUGUUUGGUUUAAAGCUGUGGGCCGGCUGGCCAUUGAAAAUGGCGGCAUCACAUCUUUUUGGAUGGCUAAUAAGCUGUAUAUAAUGGUUGCUGACCCGGAAACUUCUGAAGUAAUAUUGAAGUCUUGUAUGGAGAAAGGCUUCGUAACUCAAUUCAUACGGACAGUGAUUGGCAAUGGCAGUAUAUUUGCUGCAGUUGACAUCUGGCGGCCACGACGCAAAAUUUUAGCCCCUGUCUUUAGUAUGAAGAACCUUAACGAAUUUGUGAGAGUGUUUAAUAGACAAAGCAUGAUCAUGGCCGACAUGCUGGAGCCGAUGGCUGGAGGCGCGGACAUCUCCGUGUGGAGAUAUUUUAACACUUACACGUUCGAUUCAGUUUGCGAGACAACAUUAGGCAUUGAUUUGAAUAGUCAAAAGGAUCCAAAUCACAGCUUCCUCAUCGCGUUCGACUUCGUGUCGCAAGAAAUUGCAAAGCGAAUGGUGUCACCGUGGAUGCACCCGGAGUUCAUCUACCGAAUGCUGCCGAGAUACAAGAAGUUUGUCUUCCACAGGAAAAUCAUACAUAAUUUUGUUGAUGAGGUAAUACAAAUAAAACUGAAGCAGCUAUCUACAUUUCAAAAAGGAGGCAAUAAUCAAAUCAGCGGCACUGUUCCAAAAACAUUCCUAGACAUGAUGAUAGAGUCAUCAGACCGUAUAGACAAGAAAUAUUCUGACCUGGAGCUGCGCGAGGAGCUGAUGGUGAUCGUGAUGGCCGGCACCGAUACCUCCGCCGUGGGCGCCUCCUUCGCCGCCGUUAUGCUGUCCCGGCAUCUCCACGUCCAAGAGAAACUGCACCAUGAGUUAGAUAUCGUAUUCGGUAACUCAGACCGAGCUUUGACCGUGGAAGACCUGCCAAAACUCAAAUAUUUGGAGGCGGUCAUCAAAGAGACUUUACGGCUGUACCCUCCAGUGCCCGUCACGGCGAGAGAAGUCAUGAAUGACGUGAAAUUACCAUCAGGUACAACUCUGGUGGACGGGGUGUCGGUGAUACUUAACAUCUGGGCGACGCACCGCAACCCCACCUUCUGGGGAGCUGACGCGGAGCAGUUCCGCCCGGAGCGCUUCCUGGAGGGGCCGCUCAAGCACCUGGCGCAGUUCCAGCCCUUCUCGCUGCCCAUGAGGAACUGCCUUGGAUACAACUACGCUAUGAUGUCGAUGAAGACCAUGAUGGCCAACAUGCUGCGCCGCUACAGGAUAUUGCCGCCUGCCCACAUGGACGAGCACAAGCUCAAGGAACCCUUGAGAGUCUCAUUCGACGUCAUGAUGAGGGACAUGGAUAACUAUGGAAUAAGGCUAGAAGAUAGAACGAAAAAUCAUAUCAACGAGGCAAAGAUGUAAUUAAAUUGAAUCCUAUCAGCAGUGUUGGUUAUAAAGUCAACUUCGUUGAAACACUUUUGGAUUAGACAGCAAAUAAAUGUGAAAAUGAAAUGAAGGUGAAAAUGUCAGCCAUUUUUCAGGAAUAAAAAAUAGUUUCACUUUUCCAUAGCACUCAAUAGUAUGUUC